AUGACAUCACAUCCGAUCAGGUCUAGAAUACCACAAACUUUAGAUGGUGUUGACCCAUACGAUCGCAAUGUCUUACCGCCUAUUCUGAACACAUUUGGUUUCAAGAGAAGUGGAAUCACAGUCACCUAUCGAUUUCGAACUUCUCCCUCUACCACAAGGACAAGCAAGCUCCCAUUUGUUCCACUUGACUUCAAACUCAUUUCACCUCAAAAACCUACCUACUUUGGCGAGGGGGGAGCUUCUCCUUGUGUGGGAAUUGAGGGCCAUCGGUUGACUCGAAAAGAGGUUCUUCAGUGGAGAGCUGGUGUACAUAAGGACCAGCUUUUGGCCAAACAACAACUAAAUGCUACUGCAGAGGUUCCAACUGAGGCAUCCCUGCGUCAACAGCUCGAAGUCAUGAAGAUCCAGCACAAUUUCAUGAAAGCUGCCAUUUCUUUAAAGCAUGACAGGAUAGAUGCGACUGAUGAUAAGAGAGUUGCGUUGGAGAUCAAGAUUAUAGAGAUGAAGGAUAGGAGUUGUCGGCUUGAUGCUCAGAUCAAGGAUAGGAGUUGUCGGCUCGAUGCUGAGAUGAAAAUCAACGUUAUAGAUUGCAAGACCAAGUUUAUGGAUAACAAGUUUCAGCUUGCUAUUCGACUUUCCCAAGUUAUCAUUGGGUUUUUUCUCGUUGUUUGUAGUAUCGCAAUGUUUUACACAGGCAACGAUCACAUAGCCAUUGGGUGGUGGUCAAAUGUCGCCUGUAGUUGGCAGACUGUGAGUCUCCUCUACUAG